UCUUUUAUCUUUUUGUCUAUACCGACCAUUCACGAUUCCAUAAGCUUUUUGCUUCUUAUUUAAACCCCCUAUCUUUUAUAGCAAACAAAAACUCAGCCUUUCUAAAAUUUCUCCAUGCAUAGUUUUUCUUCCAUUUAUAGUAAAAUAAAGUUCUCAUUUUCAUGGAACUAGUUAACUGUGUAACUCGUUUGAAGUUAACUCAGUUCUUCAUUAUCUCCAUCUUUUUUUCAUAUUUUUGUUUGUUUAAAGUUGAAUCUGUCACACCCAAAGAGCUUUUUAAAGGAUUUAAAGCAACCCCAAAUCCUCAAAUUACGAAAUAUCAACCUAUACUUAGUGAUAUUACUGGUAAUUAUUCACUGAGUUUUCUCAGAGUUGAAAAAGAUCAACUCAGUCUUGCUAUUAUUCAUGUUCAAUCUUUUGAGUCAAUAUGGGUUGCUAACAUGACCCGUUUUGCUAAAUGGGCUGACCCGACUGAGCUGUUCUUUAAUGGUAGUCUUGUUUUGUCUGAUACACGUUCAGGGGUAUUUUGGUCAACUCACACUAAUGGAGACCGUGUUUGGCUUUCAAAUACUUCAAAUUUGCAAGUUCUUGAUAGUGGAGUGACGUCAUCACCUUCUGUUUUAUGGCAAAGUUUUGAUUUUCCAUCAGAUACCCUUGUGGAAAGUCAAAAUUUCACAAGUGAAAUGACUUUAGUUUCGUCCAAUGGGCUUUAUUCUAUGAGUUUGGGCUCUGAUUUCUUUGGGUUGUAUGUCAAGGAUGGGCCGGGUUUGGGUUUGGGUGAUCCGGAUCCGGGUCGGAUAUAUUGGAAGCACAAGGCAUUAGAAGCAAAAGCUCAUGUUAUUGAACGUCAAGGACCUAUUUAUGUUGUACUAAAGUCAGAUGGGUUUUUAGGCAUGUACCAAAAUGAGUCAGUACCAGUUGAUGUAGAAUCUUUUAAUAGUUUUCAACAACCCGUAUUAGGCGUCCGUCGAAUCCGAAUUGAACCGGAUGGAAAUUUAAAAGGAUAUUUUUGGGUCGGGUCAAGUUGGGUAUUGGACUACCAAGCGAUAAAGGAGACAUGUGAAUUGCCUAGCUCUUGUGGGGCGUACGGGCUCUGUCAUCCAGGCAAGGGUUGCUCUUGCCUGGACAAUAGCACGGAUUAUAGCUCCAGAGGGUGUGGCCCGCCAGAUAAUCAGGGCCCCCGCGACUUUUGCGGGGCCUAUGAUCAUCAUAAAAAAUACAAGGGGUUGUCAAGAAAUGGUGUUGAGUUGCCUAAUAAAGAGUUAGUGGACUAUCAAAAGAUGGUUACUUUUCAAGAAUGUCAAAGUGCAUGUGAAGGGAAUUGCACAUGUUGGGGUGUGGUGUACACUAACACAUCUGGAUUUUGCUACAUACUAGACUACCCCAUACAAAGUUUAGUAGGGGUAGGGGAUGAAUCCAAGAUGGGAUUUUUCAAAGUGAGGGAGGGUGUAGGGAAAGAUAAGAGGGAGGUGGGGUUAGGGGUAGGGGUAGGGUUAUUAUGUGUGGCACUCUUGAUAUUAGGUGGGGUCAUAGGGUUAGUGUAUUAUAGAUAUAGAAAAAGAAAAAGAGGAGUUAAUGGAUAUGCAGAAGAAGAUGGAAUGGUAGUUGGACCAUAUAAAGAUUUGGGAAAUGCAAGUUUUAGGUCAAUUGAACUAAGUGAGAGAUGAUUAGAAAAGGAGGGAAAAAAAAAAACUAAGUGAAAGAUGAGGUAAGGGAUGACAUCUUUUGAGAUAGAGACUUCAUCAUACAAUAUAAAUUCUUACUAUAUGGUUGAAGUGGGGCCCUUUAUAGGGGUUUUGGCAAGUGGGGCCUAGUGCGACACACGUUUGGAGGUGCUUUUUGAAAUGGACAUUAUCCAAUCAAAGGGGUGGAAGAUUGAUGGUCAAAGGACAAA